AUGACAACAUUAGCUGACGAGAGAUCGUCACACCUCAAUCCACCCUCAAUAGAUGGAUUCACGGAUGAAGAUGGGGAUGAAGAUAUGAAUGAGUUGGACGAAUAUGAGAAAGAACGAAUAGCCAAUAUAAAAGAAAGAGAUAAUCUCCUUGCUUCCCUUGGACUUUCCACACCUUCCAAGGAUAUAUUCGGCAUUUCUGCAAAACCCAAAACCAAGACACCGACACUGUCACCGGCCGAAGCUAGACGUAAGAGGGAAUUGAGAGCUAAGGAAGCGUCGUUGAGGAGAGUAAUAGAGCCUAUAAGGAGGAGUGGUAGACUGGCUCAGAGGGAGGUGGAAAUGAAGGGUUUGGUAGACGAUGAUGACUUAACUCCUCCACCACCUACCACCACCACCAAACCUCAACCACUUAUACCCAAAGCGAAGACAAUCCAUCUUGCGCCAGGUCCAUCAUACUCCUCCUCAUCCUCCGAAGAGACAUACGAGCCUGCUCCAAGACCUAGGAAAGGGGAAGAUGGUAGAUUGGUUUUUGAAGGAAGGUGGAAAGGCGUUUUCACACCGAAUUUGACACCUCAGGAGAUGUUUGAGGGAGGAGCAUUUGGAGGAGGAUUCUUCGCAGAUACAUAUUCAAAUAUCUCAAAGACGAACUUGACUUCAAAAAAUGAUAUAGCAUCUUUACCAUUUACCAUACGUCAAUCCAACAAACUACUAAGCAAUACCGAUCCGGACGGAGAGAAUAACAGGUUCAGAGUUAGAGCGGGACAGUCACUGCAGGAAUGGGAGAAGGCCGGUUGGAUUUGGAAAGAGGAUCCACGAGGGUGGGCGCAGUGGUACACGAGGUUCUGGGAGGGCAGGAGAUGUCAGGAUGAUGAGAGACAGGUUAGACGAUGGAUGAAAGUUGCUGGACCUACAGGGCGUUUCAAACGAGCACUGCUGAAAAAGCUAUUACAGUCUGGUGGUCGAGAUGCCGUGAAAGAUGAAGAUGUGGGAGCAGUGCUGAGACAAUGCCUUUGGCAGUGGGGGUAUGAGAUGAACGAAGUGGAAUUUGAUAGAGCUAUGAAUGGAGAGUAG